CCGCAGGUGCCGACGGGCCGGAGGGCGUCCGAGCCGCCUGCUGCCGCCGAGGGGGCCCGACGCCAGGCGGAGCUGGGCCGCGCAGGCCCUCGGCCUCUGGUCCACGUGCCGGGAGCCCACGUGGCCGCCGCGCCCGGCCCGAGGGAAGGCCGAGGACGAGCUGGUGGCCAGGCCCUGGGCGGCGCAUGGGCGGCCGUGGGGCCUCCCCAGCGAGGCCAGGCCCGUCAUGCUGCAGUGCCGGCCGGCCCAGGAGUUCAGCUUCGGCCCCCGGGCCCUGAAGGACGCGCUGCUGUCCACCGACCCGGCCCUGCGGCAGCUCUACACGUCCACCUUCUCCCCAGCCGAGAGGCUCUUCCUGGCCGAGGCCUACAACCCCCGCAGGACGUCCUUCCGCACGCCGCUCAUACGCACGGGCUUCGACUGGCUCCUCAGCCGCCCGGAGGCUCCCGAGGACUUCGAGACCUUCCACGCCGCCCUGGCGCCCCGGAAGCAGAGCCUGGCUCGGAAGCACAUUUACCUGCAGCCCAUAGAUCUGAGCGAGGGGCCGGCAGGCGGCGCGCUCCUGGACCACCUGCGGAGCUGCACAGAGGCCUUCUUCCUGGGCCUGCAGGUCAGGUGCCUGCCGUCGGUGGCGGCCGCGUCCAUCCACUGCUCAUCACGUCCCAGUCAGGACUCUGACGGGCUCCAGCUCCACACAGACGGCAUCCUGUCUUUCCUGAAGAGCAGCAAGCCGGGCGAUGCGCUAUGCGUGCUGGGCCUCACGCUGUCCGACCUGUACCCCCGCGAGGCCUGGACCUUCACCUUCGGCGCGUCCCUUCCAGGGCACGAAGUGGGCGUGUGCAGCUUUGCGCGGUUCUCGGGGGAAUCCCUGCAGCGGGGGCCCAGCACCCCUGACCUGGCCCCCGAGGCACCCCUGCAGGACAGAGGCCGGACCGUGUGCUUCAGCGCCCUGGGGAUGGUCCAGUGCUGCAAGGUCACGUGCCACGAGCUCUGCCACCUCCUGGGCCUGGGGAACUGCCGCUGGCUCCGCUGCCUCAUGCAGGGCGCCCUCAGCCUGGAUGAGGCCCUGCGGCGGCCCCCGGACCUCUGCCCUAUCUGCCUGCGGAAACUGCAGCACGUCCUGGGCUUCAAGCUCGUGGACAGGUACAAGAGGCUGUACACCUGGACGCAAGCGGCGGCCGGGGAGCCGUCCGUGUCGGAGGAGACCCUGCCCUGCAGCGCGGACUCGGGCCUGUGCGGCGAGAGCGACUCGGAGCCGGGCAGCGGCCUGUCGGAGCCCCUGUCCCCGGACGCCUGGAGCCACGCCUUCCCCGCGGGCCCGGAGCUGGAGCCCGAGGACGGGCUGGGCUCGCUGGCGGCCGCGGAGAGUCCGGGGGAGGCCCUGGCGGAGCACGGGCGCUGGCUGGCGGCCUGCAUCCAGGCCCUGGAGAGGGACGUGACCGAGGAGGAGCUGGCGCGGGUGGACGGCGCCGUGGACGCCCUGGCCCGCUGGGACCUGUUCGCGGGGCGGCUCCCGGCCCCCCGGCAGGACCCGCCCUGCGGCCGCGACGGCGCGGGGCUGCGCCGAGUCCUGGGCGACAAGUUCUCCUCCCUCAGGCGGAAGCUGAGCGCUCGCAAACCGUCCAGGGCCGAGGCGUCCCCGCGGCGCUGGAAGGCGGAGGACAAUUAGCACGGCCGGGGCGUCUCGUCCAGCGCCUGCCUGUCCCCAGGGCGCUGCGGGCGCGGCAGCGGGCGGAAGGCGAUCCGGCUGCACGUGGACCCCGCACCCCCAGUCCCAGCCGCAGCCUCGCGACGAGGCCGGGGUGGGGGGCGGGGUCCCAGGCACCCCGAUGGCCGU